CACACACACACACACACACACACUCACACUCACACUCACAGUCAGUGAACUCCGCGUGCGUCUCUCGCGCUGUGAUAGUCAGUCUCGCGCUCGGCGCGUCUGGAGAAACAGCAGCGCAGCGCGCUUCCUUGAGAAGCGAUGUGAUUGACCUGCUCUUCUUUUAGGAGGAACCGACGCUUCGAGACAGUAGGAGAACCGAACCGGACCGAACCGACCCGAACACUUCCACUGCGCGUGCGACACGCGCCGGACGCGGAGCGAUGGAUUCCUCAGCUCUGCGCUCGCGGGAAUACACAGAUGCGCUGUGGACCUUGUCCUUGAGCUCUUGCAGCUGUGACUGAACAGAAACUCCUUCAACGCCGACCGCCGUUCUUCCUCUCUAUCUCUUCUCACGCUCUCCAUGGCUAAUCUUCUGAGCUAUGUUUUGUUCCUGGCGCUCCGGACGUUCGCUGCCCCGCCGGAGUCCAUCCAAGUGUGGCCCGGGGGAUUGACGCCGGCCCCGGGAGAUCUGGGCAACGAUACGGUUGGCCCUUCUUUAGUCCCCCCUCCAGGAACCAGCAAACACGCUCCGCACAGCAUCAUCAUCGGCGUGCGGAAAGGAGGCACCAGAGCGUUGCUGGAAAUGCUGGAUAUCCAUCCCGAAGUAGCAGCGGCGGCCACCGAAGUUCACUUCUUCGACUGGGACGAGAACUACGCCAAAGGCUUCGAAUGGUACCGGGACCAAAUGCCCUAUUCGUACCCAAAUCAGAUCACCGUGGAAAAGACGCCGGGGUACUUCACGUCUCCGGUGGCGCCUGCGCGGAUCCACGCCAUGAACGCUUCCAUCAGACUCUUGCUGAUCCUGAGAGACCCGACGGAGAGAGUCAUAUCGGACUAUACGCAAGUCUACUUCAACCGCUUGGAGAACCACAAACCCGUACAGGCCAUCGAGAACAUGCUAGUCAAGAACGGCGCGCUAAACACGCGCUACAAAGCCAUCCAGCGCAGUCUUUACGACGUCCACAUGAGGAACUGGCUCCAGCAAUUUCCUCUGGAGCAGAUCCACAUUGUGGACGGGGAUACGCUUAUCCAUGACCCCUUACCGGAGCUCCAGCGAGUCGAACGCUUCUUGCAUCUGCCGCCUCGGAUCGUGGCGUCCAACUUCUAUUUUAACCAGACCAAAGGCUUCUACUGCAUUCGCAGUGACGGCCAUGAGCGAUGCCUGCACGAGUCGAAAGGACGGCCGCAUCCGCCUGUUAACAGCACUGUGCUGCGACAGCUGCGUUUGUACUUGCGCCAACACAAUCGGAACUUCUACCGGCUCAUAGGACGCACCUUUAACUGGCAGUAGUGGGAGGGGCUGGAAUUAGCCAAUCACAGCCCAGCUGAGGGACUGAUUGACAGCUGAUGGACCGUACAAACCACUCCCCCUCGGACACGUCUCUUAAAUGCCUUCGGACUGCUUUUAAAGGGAGAGUUCACCCAAAAAUUCGAAUUCACUGUUAAGUCACUCUCCCUCA